CCCUCUCCCCUCUCCCUUGUAUGUGUCUCUGUUGUAGGACUGGCUAUGGCCACCACUACUUCCGGGUUCCGUCAUUUCAUUCUCCCGCCGAUCAGCGCUGCAAAACUGAGCCUCUUCUAUAAGCCAGCCAGCAGCCAACCUGCCAACACUUACUGACACUCACUCAUCUCACAGAGAGAGAGAGAGACAAAAUACCUACCAGGAAAAAGAGAGGGGAGGGGGGAAGUCCAGGUUUUGCAAACUAUUCAAUUUUUCUUCGCAUCUUUCCCCACCCCCCUUCCUAGUACUUAAAAAAAAUCCCAAUAGCGAUCCUAAAAGGCAAAACCCAAACGCGGAGUUACUGGAAGAAGAAACCGGGGUUAAAAAGAUUCCUCCUCUCUUCUUCAUCAUCAUCAACCAUCAUUCAUUCACUACCUUGACAUUCCCUGGCUUUGAUUGACAGCUGGAGUGGCAAAAAGCCAUGAGACACGACAGUUUGGUUACAUGUGGGUUGCUGACGGGCCGAUCGUAACCUUCAGUUUGGGGGCUUGACAAUUUUUUUUUUUUUUUUUGCUUAGAGAAAGAAAAAGGAAAAAGAGAGAGAGAAAGAGAAAAAGGAAAGAGUGAGAGAAAAAAGAAGAAAUACACGAACAUCGUGGCUCUUGGCUGAUUAUUUUUAUUAUUAUUGUUAUUGUUAUUAUUAUUAUUUACCCAGACUGGAGAAUAGGCGAAGUCUUAAGUGGGUUGCCAAAAAAAGGAAUCUUCUUCACUGUAAAUCACUUUCUUUUCUGGACUGGGAUAUUAAAUAUACGACACAUCCAGGAGUUUAUUGGAGAGCAGACUGAUGGCGCAAAGGUACGAUGAGCUGCCCCAUUACGGCGGGAUGGACGGAGUAGGGGUGCCGGCUUCCAUGUACGGAGACCCUCACGCUCCCCGGCCGAUACCUCCGGUUCACCACCUGAACCAUGGGCCGCCGCUACACGCCAGCCAGCACUAUGGAGCCCACGCCCCGCACCCCAAUGUCAUGCCAGCCAGCAUGGGAUCGGCUGUCAACGACGCCUUGAAGCGGGACAAGGAUGCGAUCUACGGGCACCCGUUGUUCCCCCUGUUAGCGCUGGUCUUUGAGAAGUGCGAGCUGGCGACCUGCACUCCCCGGGAGCCUGGUGUGGCCGGCGGGGAUGUCUGCUCCUCGGACUCUUUCAACGAGGAUAUCGCGGUCUUCGCUAAACAGGUCCGCGCUGAAAAACCACUUUUUUCUUCAAACCCAGAGUUGGACAAUUUGAUGAUCCAGGCAAUACAAGUACUAAGGUUUCAUCUUUUGGAAUUAGAAAAGGUCCACGAGUUGUGCGAUAACUUUUGCCAUAGGUACAUUAGUUGUUUGAAAGGAAAAAUGCCAAUCGAUCUAGUUAUUGACGAAAGGGAUGGCAGCUCCAAAUCUGACCAUGAAGAACUCUCAGGAUCUUCCACAAAUUUAGCCGACCAUAACCCUUCAUCUUGGAGAGACCACGAUGAUGCAACCUCAACGCAUUCAGCAGGCACACCGGGGCCCUCCAGUGGGGGCCAUGCUUCCCAGAGUGGAGACAACAGCAGUGAGCAAGGGGAUGGUUUAGACAACAGCGUAGCCUCACCUGGUACAGGGGAUGAUGAUGAUCCAGACAAGGACAAAAAACGUCAGAAGAAAAGAGGCAUUUUCCCCAAAGUAGCAACAAAUAUCAUGAGAGCGUGGCUUUUCCAGCAUCUCACACAUCCAUAUCCUUCAGAGGAGCAGAAGAAACAGUUAGCCCAAGACACAGGACUUACAAUUCUACAAGUAAACAACUGGUUUAUUAAUGCCAGAAGAAGAAUAGUACAGCCUAUGAUUGACCAGUCAAAUCGAGCAGUGAGCCAAGGAGCAGCAUAUAGUCCAGAGGGUCAGCCAAUGGGAAGCUUUGUAUUGGAUGGUCAGCAACACAUGGGAAUCCGGCCCGCAGGUUUGCAAGGCAUGCCAGGGGACUGCGUCUCUCAGGGUGGUCCUAUGGGUAUGAGUAUGGCACAGACAAGUUACACUCCUCCCCAGAUGACCCCACACCCUACUCAGUUAAGACAUGGACCCCAAAUCCAUUCAUAUUUGUCAAGUCACCCCCAUCACCCAGCCAUGAUGAUGCACGGCGGACCCCCUACCCACCCUGGAAUGACCAUGUCAGCACAGAGCCCCACAAUGUUAAAUUCUGUAGACCCCAAUGUUGGUGGACAGGUUAUGGACAUUCAUGCCCAAUAGUAUAAGGGAACUCAAGGGAAAAAAACAAAAACAAAUAAAAAAAUCAAACCUAUUUUAAGACUUUUGAACUUUGACCAGAUAUUGACACUUAAAACGAAAUUCCAGACAGCUGUGAUUAUUUUUUACUUUUGUCAUUUUUCAUCAACAACAGAGGACCAAUGAGAAAAGAACAGAAAUGUGAAAUCGUGGGCUCACUGAAACAAUUAUGUCCAUGUAAAGAUCCUCUGAGGGGAAAAAACAAACAAAAAAGACUCCAAGAGUUAUAACUACUGUAGUAUAAACAUAGGAACUAAGUUAACUUGUACAUUUCUGUUGAUCACUCCGUUAUGUUGCCUCAAAUAGUUUUAGAAGAAAAAAAAUUCCUUGUUUUCCACACUAUGUGUGUUGUUCCCAAAAGAAUGACUGUUUUGGUUCACCAGUGAAGUCACUAUCCAUGAAAGACUACAGUAUAUUUCAGACCAGUUUUGGCCAGUGAAAAAAUAAUUACCCUGGAGAUGAAGAUGAAAAGUCCUGCUGGGUCUCUCAUCACUCAGAAGACAGUUCCAAGAAGGCCUUGCUGUCCCCUGGUUUUGUUCCUUCAUAAAUGUGUCCUUUAGUUUCAAACAGAUCUUUAUAGUUUGUGCUUCAAAAACCUAUUUUUUGGACUCUUCUUCAAAGAGCUUGCAGGUGAAAAUUUAAAAGACAGAGCAGGAGCUUCUUCCAGUGGUUCUGAGCCUUGGCUUUGGACAAAACAAAACUAAAAGUUGGGCAGCUUUCUCAAUGAAAGAAGUUACUAAUGGUCUUUGCACCAAAUCUAGAACUUUAUCAUGAACUCAAAGCUUGGGAAAAAAGCAAGAGAAUACUGUAACAAACUUCGUACAGAGUUCGGUCUAUUAAUUGUUUCAUGUUAGAUAUUCUAUGUGUUUACCUCAAUUGAAAAAGAAAAAAAAAAGAAUGUUUUGCUAGUAUCAGAUCUGCUGUGGAAUUGGUAUUGUAUGUCCAUGAAUUCUUCCUUUCUCAGCACGUGUUCCUCACUAGAAGAAAAUGCUGUUACCUUUAAGCUUUGUCAAAAUUUACAUUAAAAUACUUGUAUGAGGACUGUGACGUUCUGUUUAAAAAAAAGGUGUUAAGUCACAAAAUGCGAUAAUAAAUAUUUCAUUUUUGAUUUUU